CUUUCACAUUGGGAGCACUCUACAAGCGGAGCGGGCGAUUGGCAGUUCGGACACAAACCGAUUUCUUUAAACAAGUGUGAGGAAAAGCGACGAGAAAACGCUGCAGCUGUUUGAAAGCCAGAAUGAGCCUGGCAACUUGAUAAACUGAAGGAGUCAUUUAAAAUGUCCCUAUCUCAACAAAACCAGUGAGGUCUGAGCACACCCUGAAGACUGCAAAUCUUCUCGGAAGGACCAAUCAGGUAGGAUGAAGUUACAGUGAAGAUGAAGUUUCUCUUGUUCUGCCAGAGGUCCAGAUUCAGCUCCUCUCUGCCCGGUUUUAUUAUUUUCUUCAUAACUUUUUAUGUUCACAAAUUGGAAUCAGCCCAAUUCACAGUGAUUGGACCCAGUGACCCUGUCAUUGCCAUCGUGGGUCAGGAAACAGUGUUAUCUUGUCACCUGUCCCCCAGGAUGAGUGCUGUAAACAUGGAGGUGAGAUGGUUCCGGUCUGAGUUUUCUUCCUUUGUGCACUGCUACCAUGAUGGGAAGGAUCAGUAUGAAAUGCAGAUGCCAGAGUAUCGGGGAAGGACGGAGCUUUUGAAAGCUGGGCUCACAGAUGGAAACAUUGCCUUGAGGAUUUUCAAUAUCAGACAGUCUGAUGAAGGACUAUACCACUGCUUUGUUCAAGAUGAUACAUUUGAUGAAAUAACUGUAUUGGAACUGCAGGUAGCAGGUCUAGGCUCUGCUCCUCUCAUCUCUGUUGAGGGUCACCAGAAUGGAGGGAUCCGGGUGGUUUGUCAAUCAACUGAUUGGUACCCAGAGCCUGAAGUACUGUGGAGAGAUCUCAGUGGGAGAUAUCUACUGUCAGUCUCUGAAACAACAUCCCGAGAUGAUAACGGCCUGUUUGAAACAAAAACUGCUAUCAUUGUAACGGAGCAUUCAAACCAAAACUUGUCCUGCUGCAUCAGGAACACCAUUCUUAAUCAAGACAAGGAAUCAGCCAUUUCUAUAGCAGAUCCCUUUUUCCCGAGGGUUAAUCCCUGGAUGGUGGCUCUGAGUGUGAUCCUGGUGGUUUUGUUUGGUUUCAUUAGCCUCACUGUUUAUCUCUUUACAAGGAAAGGGAAACGUACUGAAGAAAUUGGGAGCCAACAUAUAGAAAUUGAAAUUGGGAAGCUUACUGCAGCACUUGGGUGGAGAAGAACUAGAGAAGAAGUGAAUGUGACUCUGGAUCCAGACACAGCUCAUCCCCAGCUCAUCCUGUCUGAGGAUCGGAAAAGUGUGAGAUGGAGAGACACACGGCAGGAUCUGCCCGACAAUCCUAAGAGAUUUGACACUGAGUUCUGUGUGCUGGGGUGUGAGGGAUUCAUCUCAGGGAGACAUUGCUGGGAGGUGGAGGUGGGGGGUGGGGAAUUCUGGGCUGUUGGAGUUGCCAGAGAGUCUGUGAAAAGGAAGGGAGGGAUCAGUCAUAACCCUGAGUGGGGGAUCUGGGCUGUGGAGUGCUGGUGGGGUCGAUGCUGGGCUCUCACCUCCCCUCCGACUCCCCUGCCCCAAAGCUGGGUCCCCAGCAGGAUCUGGGUUUGUCUGGACUGUGAACGUAAGCAGGUGACAUUUUUGGAUGCUGAUGAUGAGUCCCCAAUCUUCACUUUCCCACCAGCCUCUGUCCCUGGGGAGAGAAUUUUCCCCUGGGUGGGAGUAGGGUGGAGUUCCCAGCUCAGACUCUGUCACUGAGAUAUGGGAGAAUAUCACUCGGGGGACCCUGAAAUCAGCCUUUCUAGCCUCGUACUCCCUAGUCUUUAUGAUCUUGGAGGACACCUAUGUACCCAACCUUCUGGCCUCUGUGACCCUUGGAAUUUCCUCCCCAACCCUCCUGCAGGAAGGUUGGCACCACUGUAAAUUAUCAAACACAUGAGGGAUGGGAGGGAGUGGACAAAAAUCACAAGAUAAACGAGUGUGACAAUCUAUGCCCCAAAACAACACCCUGGCACCUCCAUAUUCACCACUGUAAUAUAAUUAUGAUCUGUUUGGUCCAAGUAUGCCUUGUGAGGUAUCAUUCUAAAGGUCUUGAUCUGCUAAACAUUAAUACCUCAUUGGAUUUAUGUACUAUCAUUGUAUGUGAAGUAAUGAAGUUUUGCUAUGUAUGGUUUCAGAGUAGCAGCUGUGUUAGUCUGUAU